CAGAAGCAGUCAGGGCAGACUUGGAGGAUGGUGCUGCCUCCAGUCAGUGUCAGAGCUUCAGUCAGCGCUACUACACGCUGCUGACUACACCUCUGCUCUCAUUGUCACACUGACACAGUAAUCCCUUUAGAAAGAGGUUAAACCAACCCGGCUAUACCAAACUGAAAAUAGACAGAGCGGCACAAAAUACCAAGACAUUUCCAUAAAUCUACCGGCAGCAGCUAAGAGGACAAGCUUCUUUAUGUCAUAGCUCUCUCACAUAGCGUUAGCUGGUGUCGGCACACAACCGAGUCCGAGGUCUGAGAGCCUCCAUGGUGAACUCUUUUUCUUUAAGAGGCUAACUUUCAUCACAAUAAGUGAGGUUUAACCGCAGAGAGAUGGCAGACAGCGCAGGGCUGCAGUUUGUCAGCUCCUAUGCUUUUGAAGCGAUGCAGAAGGUGGAUGUGGUGCGCCUGGCUGCCUUGAGUGACCCAGAGCUGAGGCUGCUGCUGCCCUGCCUGGUCAGGAUGGCUCUGUGUGCUCCGGCUGAUCAGAGCCAGUCCUGGGCUCAGGACAAGAAGCUGAUCCUCCGCCUGCUGUCAGGAGUGGAAGCUGUCAACUCUAUUGUGGCACUUUUGUCGGUUGACUUUCACGCCUUGGAGCAGGACGCACGAAAAGAGCAGCAGCUAAGGCACAAGGCCGGCGGGUCUAAUGGAGAAAGCAUCCUGGUGUCACAGCUACAGCACGGUCUGACCCUGGAGUUUGAACACAGCGAUCCCCUCAGGAGACUCCGUCUGACCCUCAGUGAGCUCCUCGCCAUCAUGAACAAGGUGGUAGACUCAAACGGAGAGUUUUUCCUGAAGUCCUCAGAACUCUUUGAAAGCCCAGUGUACCUGGAGGAAGUUGCUGAUGUCCUCUGCAUUUUACAAGCAGAGCUGCCUUCCUUGCUGCCCAUCGUGGAUGUGGCGGAGGCUUUGCUUCAUGUCCGCAAUGGAGACUGGUUUCUGUGCCUGUUGGUUGCCAAUGUCCCUGACAGCUUCAAUGAAGCUGUGCCACACUGGCCCAAGGGUGGAUUGAUCAAGAAUGGAGAGCGGCAGGAUGAGGAGAGUGUGGGUGGUCGACGCAGGACGGAAGCCCUCAGGCAGCUGUGUCAGAUGAACCCCUCACAGGCUCUCAACAUCAGAGCUAUGGUGGUGGAGGAGUGUCACCUGCCUGGUUUGGGUGUGGCUCUGACUCUGGACUAUAAACCAGAUACAGCAGAUGAGGCAGUCAGUCCUCUGGUCUCUUAUGUCAGCGGUCUACUGCUGGGCACUAACAGUAAAGUCCGUACCUGGUUCAGCAUGUUCAUUCGCAAUGGACAACAGCGAAAGAGAGAAAGCAGCUCUGUGCUGUGGCAGAUGCGCAGACAGCUUCUUUUGGAGUUGGUUGCCAUCCUACCACGCUCGCGCAGCACCCACGUACCAAAUGACCAGGAUAUGGAGGACAGCAACUCGGGGUACUCUGGCCUCAGAGAGGAGCAUGUGGUGAAAGCCAGCGCCCUGCUUCGACUGUACUGUGCACUCAUGGGCAUCGCAGGUCUCAGACCUACAGAUGAAGAAGCAGAGCAGCUCUUGCAGUUAAUGACCAGCCGGCCUCCAGCCACUCCUGCCGGUGUUCGCUUUGUCUCUCUGUCCUUCUGCAAGCUGCUGGCCUUCCCCACUCUGGUCAGAACACGCGUGAUGGUCAUGUGGCUCAGCUGGAUGUCAAAGAAGAGGACAUACUUUGAGAGUGCUGCGGGCGUAUCUGCUUUCUUUCGGAGAGAUGCUAUACUGGUUGCCAUGUAUUUCCAUAGCAACCAGCUCAGUUCCAUUAUUGAGUUGGUGUGCUCUACUUUGGGGGAUGAAGGUAAGAUUGCCAUCAAGCCCAGCUCGCUUAGCAAGAUGAAGACGAUAUUCACGCAGGAGAUCUUCACUGAACAGGUGGUUACAGCUCAUGCUGUGAGAGUCGCAGUGACCAACAACCUCAGUGCCAACAUUACAGGGUUCCUCCCCAUUCACUGCAUCUACCAGCUGCUCCGGAGCCGAGCCUUUACAAAGCACAAAGUGUCCAUCCAGGACUGGAUCUAUCGGCAGCUCUGUGAGAACACCCCCAUCCACACCCAGCUGAUUCCUCUUAUCGAUGCCUAUAUCAACUCCAUCCUCACGCCAGCAUCCAAGGCCAACCCAGAGGCCACCAACCAGCCAAUCACUGAGCAGGAAAUCCUGAAUGUCUUCCAGAGCUCUGCUGGGCAAGGGGAGGGUAGUCGAGGAGGAAGACAACGCUACUCCAUCACCACCCAGCUCCUGAUCCUCUACUAUAUCCUGUCCUAUGAGGAAAACCUGUUGGCAAGCACAAAACAACUGGCCCUUAUGCAGAGGAAGCCAAAGUCCUACUCAGCAGCUCUAAUGGACCAGAUCCCCAUUAAGUACUUGGUUACUCAGGCACAGGGACUGCAGCAGGAGCUAGGAGGUCUGCACUCUGCCCUCCUCAGGCUGCUGGCCACCAACUACCCCCACCUGUGUCAGGUGGAGGACUGGGUGUGUGAGGAGAAGGUGACUGGCACUCUGCCCCUGCUGAGGAAGAUGAUGCUUCCCAGCAACACCUGCAGAUAUACUCAGAGCCAACUGCACCAGGCCUUUCAAAAGUUACCAUCCAGCAGUCCCAGGCUGACGAGGAUCCUGGAGCAUUUAACACUGCUGUCACCUGGAGACCUGAUUCCUUACGCCGAGGCCCUCACAGCCAGCAUGGCUCUGCUGCUUGAGCCCGCUGUGCCUCGCCGAAUACUGCAGACCCUCAACAAGCUCUGGAUGGGGCUCAACACUGUGAUGCCCCGCAGGUUAUGGGUGAUGACGGUAAACGCCCUUCAGCCUUCAGCUAAGCUGCUCCGGCAGCAGAAGUACACUCAGAACGACCUGAUGGUGGACCCUCUCAUUGUGCUGCGCUGUGAUCAGAGGGUGUACAGGUGUCCUCCUUUUAUGGACAUUGUCCUUCACAUGCUGAAUGGAUACCUGCUGGCCUCUAAAGCCUACUUACACUGUCACCUGAAGGAGACGGGUGACUUUGAUCGACAGAGCCAGACAGUCUCAAACCUGGGCGUCCCUGGUCAGCCAGAUACGCCUGAGGUCACCAGGGAGGAGUUGAAGAAUGCCCUUCUAUCUGCACAGGACAGCGCAGCAGUCCAGAUUCUCCUGGAGGUGUGUCUUCCAACAUCUGAAGAGCAGCAUCUGGGGGCCAACACAGAGAGCCUGCUGAGGAGCAUCAGGGGCCCCGCGCCAGGGAAAUCUAAACAAGGAAACCUGGGGCCGAGAGCCACAGGGAGCACAGAGGAGGCCGAGCCGGAGGGAGGCCUUCUCAGCGACCUGAGGGAGGUGCAAUGUCUCAUCUGCUGCCUGCUGCAUCAGAUGUUCAUCGCAGACCCAAACAUCGCCAAGCUGGUCCACUUUCAGGGUUACCCUCAAGCUCUGCUGCCUCUCACUGUGGCAGGCAUCCCCUCCAUCCAUAUCUGUCUGGACUUCAUCCCAGAGCUGCUGGCUCAGCCCCAGCUGGAGAAGCAGAUCUUUGCAAUCCAGUUGCUGUCAUACUUGUGUACUCAGUACGCCCUGCCCAAGUCUCUCAGUGUGGCCAGGUUGGCUACCAGCGUCAUGGGCACCCUCCUCACAGUGCUGACUCGUGCCAAGCGUUUCUCCUUCUUCAUGCCCAUCCUGCCGUGUCUGGUGGCCUUCUGCCAGGCCUUCCCUCCUCUUUACGAUGACGUGGCUGCUCUGUUAGUACAAGUGGGCCAAGUCUGUGCCUCUGACGUCGCCACUAAAGCCAGAGACAUCGACCCUCUCAUUGCCCGUCUGCAGCAUCUGAAAGAGAAGCCUCAGAGUGCAGCUGUUCCAGGAGGAGCCUCCUCCAAGCUGACUUUACCCCAGAGGACAGCAGAGGAGCUGGGUGGAGCUGACCCUGACGUCCAGCUCUGCUACUGUGUCGAGGCCACCUUCAUGGAAAUCAUCAGCUCCACCCUCCAUGGACUAUAGAGCUCUGUAGAGAUACAGGCUUGUUGUGGAGGGAGAGGAGGGACCAGACUCAAACCAACAACUCUUAACACUUCCUCUGAAAGAGACUAUAACACACCUGUGAGGGCUACGUUCAGCACAUCCUGUCAUGUUUAACAAACAGACUCUGACUCAUGUCACCUUUUGUUUGGGACACUCACUCUGUGCUCAUGAUAGGACAUAAUGUGCUGUUUCCAUCCAUCCCAGUCCGUUUAGUCUGGACUUCAAGUACUGACCACUGUCAGGCUCCUUUUUGACUCCCUGUAAAUAAAUAACGAUUUUCAGUGUAUUUAGAAAAUGUUUGUUCUCUGUCACGGUUUGUAGAAAUUAAAAUAUUGAGAAUGUUAAAAUGGUCCAUUUUCUCGACCAUGACGCAUAUUUUUGUAAGAUCUAAACAUUUGACCUUUUUACCCAGAGGCUGAAAAAA